UUUACAAGAAGACCUUAUGGAGUAGACCAAAUCAUAUGGUUAGGGCAAGAUAUGGCAUGGCGACUUCAGCGUUUACCCUCCGCUCCAUUCCCCUCUUCUUUCCGUUCUCACUAUCAGCAAGCAAGCCCUCGCUCCUCCCCUCCCAUUCCACCAAAGCGCUCAAUCUCACACUAUCCCUAGCCCCAGAUUCUGACCGCUACGGUCCCUCUCUCCGCCGCGGCCAACGGCCAACUUCCUCCGAUUGCGGCUGCUAUGGCUCUGAAUGCGACGAAAGCUCAUAUCUCGACCGUUCUUCUUUUACACGCACAUUCAAGAUCGCCGCCCUCCGUAUUCCCGCGUCUGAAUGCUCUACUCUCGAGGAUCGCCUCCGCGGCCACCUCCUCAACUGGCCUCGUAUCCGAAACAUCGCCCGCGUCUCCGGCGAUGAUCUCGAACCCGACAUUCGAAACCUUCUCCGCAAUGCCGAAGGCGACGGAGGCCAGCGGCUCGUCUCACUUGCCCGUCGCGCAGAUGGUGAGACCGAUAACAAGACGGAGGCUAUGAGCCCGGUGAUAUAUCGGGAAAAGCUGGCGAAGCAGUUCAAUUGCCGGGGGUUCUUGAUGUUUCGGAACUUGGCGAGGAUGUCGCGUCCCAAGAAGAAGAAGAAGAAGGGAGCUAUUGGAGAGAGGGUUAGUGUUAAGGACAGAGAGCAAAAGAAAGCGUAUGCAGUUGUGGAAGUUAUGGGGGAGUGUGAGGAUGAUAUGAGCCGUUUGCUGGGCGCUGAGUUCCGCACUGGGAGAUGGAGAGGCUCGACGAGGUUGCUUUUGCUUGACGAGCGUCACGCGGAUAAGGGACUUGAGGAGCUACCGGAGGCAGUCAAGGCAGUUCUGAAAGGAGGGAAAAUGCCUUGCAAGUUAUCAGUUUGUGAGCUUGUACGGUGCGAGUUAACCUUGUUCUAUAACUAUUGGCAUAUGAAUGAGGUUUUGGACACCUUGCUUCCUGAAGGUAUAGUUGUUCCAACUGGAUUUGAGACAGUGGGGCAUAUUGCACACUUAAAUUUAGGUGAAGAACACAUUCCUUACAAGAAACUUAUUGCGCAGGUAGUUCUUGACAAGAACAGGCCAAAAAUACAAACAGUUGUGAACAAAUUAGAAGCUAUUCAAAAUGAUUAUAGAACAAUGCAACUAGAAAUACUGGCAGGCAACCAUUCUGUUGUUACUACAGUUAUAGAGAAUGGGAUCAAAUUUCAAGUUGAUUUGGCCAAAGCUUAUUGGAAUUCUAGAUUGUCGACUGAAAGACAAAGGCUUGUAAGGUGCUUUGCGAGCUCUGAGAUAGUUUGCGAUGUAUUCUCUGGUGUUGGCCCUUUAACUAUUUCUGCUGCAAAGAAAGUGAAGUAUGUAUAUGCAAAUGAUCUGAACCCAAAUGCAGUGGAGUAUCUUGAGAGAAAUGUAGUUCUUAAUAGGUUGGAUAGGAAAAUUGAGGUUUUUAACAUGGACGGCAGGAGAUUCAUAGAGACGUUAUUUGCCAGUCAGCGAUCUUAUCACGUUACACAAGUGGUCAUGAAUCUGCCAAACAAUGCUGUAGAGUUCCUUGAUGCAUUUCGUGGUAUCUUCAGAAGAAGAGCUAAGGCAGAUAGCUGCUGUUUGCCACGAAUUCAUGUUUAUGGAUUUUCGAAGGCUUUGAAUCCUGAAUUUGAUUUCCAUGAGAGGAUUAACAUGGUGCUGUGCGAGACUGUGGUUGACAUCAAAAUAGACAGAGUCAGGCUCGUUGCACCUGGAAAAUGGAUGCUCUGCGCAUCAUUUAUUUUACCUAAAAAUGUUGCUUUUGCACAACCAAGUUUGGAGGGAGAAGGAGAAGAACAGCUAUAAGCCCUCAACACUCUUUUUGUUGUGAUGGAGAACAAAGAGGGCAAUUCAAGUGAUGUCCGUAAGAGAGUUAAGUUAGACUAUUGGGUGUCCUUUUUAUAAAAGAAUUCUUUGUUGGAUGGUUUUCAACUCCCUCCUCUACAUAGUAAAUAUUGAAGUUUUUUUUUUUAAAAAAAAAAGCAAUAAAAUAAAUAAAUAAAAAUUUGGUUUAAGCUCAAAAAAUUGAGCCAGCUUUCAGGAAAGGUGGGUACCCAUUUUAAGCUGGGAAUGAGUUUUGUAGUAAAGAUUAUUGAGCAUGAUAGUGGUUGCUCUCAAUCGAGCUGUCUUCAUCAUCUUCUAUUUCUAACGCCCUGUUACUGACCUUUUUUGAUUAUUAUUUUCGAGGAUAGAAGGAAAGAGUUUCCGAAGAUGAACACUGAAGCUCUGCUGCUGCUAUAAUUCAUGGUGGCAGUGAAGCCACAAAUAUCCUUCGCAAAAGCUGGUACAGGAGGGGGGCCGGGGACGUUCGUAACUGCCAUAUAGACCACAGACACAAGGUCUAUAUAGCCCUCUUCUCUUUCUUUUUUUCUAUAUUUCCUGCUUAACCCUAUCUCUGGUUUUUAUGAGUAUGCCAUACAUAAUCAUAGCAUAUCUGCCCAGCCAAAAAGCAGGUAAU